GAAAGAGCCAAGCACUUUUUUCAGUGAACUUCAAAACGAAGAGAAACUCCAUCUGGACGAAAGUAAUAGUCAAAUAACACAAUGAAACUCAACUCCAUCGCAAUAAACAGCUUCUUGGUAACAAUGGUAGCUUGUUUCCCAGAUGUAAGCGUUAGCUCGAGGUCUCACUGCGUUGGCACCUGUUAUUCUGGAGGACUUUUCCCAGAACCCCAAGACAUCUUCCAURGAAAACAUCUCAAGGGAUACUCCUACAASAACAUCACCACUGAUGAUCCAGUCAAGUGCUACUCAUCUUGUGUCCAAGAUUGUCGUUGUAAGGCGUGCCAGAUGAAAGAUGCAAGAUGCGAGUUGCUGGAUGAGGACAAGACUUCCAAAACCUUGACAGAUGCGCCAGGAUACGUACACUUUGAUCUAAAGCAGACAAUGUACCAAGGGAAAUCCCACAUGGUUCCACCAGGUGUUUGCUAUAAUGGGUGCUGUCGAUCUCAGCCUUGCAUGAACGGAGGAAAAUGCAAAGAGCGCUGCGAAUCACCUAAAGAAAAGUUCACCUGUACAUGUCCCUUUAUGUUUUUGGGAAAAGUAUGCGAAAAGACUCCAAAUUCUUGUCUAAGCAUCUUGAAGUCUGCACCGGAUGGUAUCUUCCCAGGAGACGGA